AUGGACAAGUCAAAGUCAGGAUUUUUUAUAGCUGUAAUCGGCUGUUCACAAGUUGGGAAGACAGCUCUUGUAGCAAGGCUUGUAAAAGACAUGUUCAUAGAAGAACAUCAGCCAACAAUGACACAAGAGAUCCAAACCACACUGUGCUCAGCAACCAAGCGACGACUGAUAAGGCUCUUUUUUUUAGAUCUCAUCGGAAAUAAUUAUUUCCAGUCCUUUGCGACCCCAUGGAUUGGGGUGUCUCAAGCUGUUUUGAUGCUUUUUGAUACAAAUUCAAUGAGCUCAUUCAAUCAAAUUCAAGGACCCACCUCGUUGCGCUCGCUGGAAAAUAUCAUGAUUUUUCUGGUUGGGACCAAAACUGAUACUGUGUAUCAGCGAGAAGUUUCAUAUGAGCAAGCUGCUAAUAAAGCGAAAGAGCUAAAUGCGAUUUAUAUAGAGAUAAGUACGAAAUCUAAGAAGAACUUAGAACAGAUGCUAAAGAUUGUUAGUCAAUCUUUACUGACUCCCCCUGUGAGCGAACAAAAAUCAUUGGAAAAAUUCUAUUUUUGGUAAAAUCAAGAACUUUUUAAUGCAAAAAUAUAUUUUAUAGGGAAAAAAUUGAUAUAUAAGUGAUAAUUAUUAUAGUGGGAUAUCUAACUAGUUCUAUUUAUUUUUUUAAACAAUUUACAUUUUAAAACCUAGAUUUUACAAAAUAAAUUAAUAUUAGCUUUAAAAUUAUUCGAAUUGGAUUUUUUAAAUUCUGAAAAAAAAACCUAUAAAAUUUAUAACCUCCCUCUGUGAGCGAACAUAAUUUUUUGUUUCCUCACGGAUGAGGGAGUGAGAAAGUAUUAA